UCUGCAUUACUACUACAUCACUACUAUGAGGCUGGUUCUGACCUUUGCCCUCUGCCCUUUCAGGACCUACUUUGCGGGUCAGGAGCAGCAGGUCCGGUUGAUCUAUCAAGGUCAACUGCUGCAAGAUGACGCUCAGACUCUGGCCUCUCUGAACCUUGUCCAUAACUGCGUCCUGCACUGUCACAUCUCUCAGCACGCCGGCCGCGGGGCCGCAGGGGGGGCGCGGCCCGCUGACCAGGUGCAGGUGGCUUUGAACGUGGGCAGCCUGAUGGUCCCCCUGCUGGUCCUCAUGCUGUCAGUCCUGUGGUACUGUCAGAUCCAGUAUCGGCAGUUUUUCACCGCCCCGGCCACUGCCUCGCUGGUCGGUGUCACCAUCUUCCUCAGCUUGGUGGCCUUCGGAGUCUACCGCCGCUAGCUGCUCUCUGAUUGGCUACUCCCUCUCUCCUUGUGGUGAUGUCAGCAGCCGGGGCGGAGCUCUCUCUGUGACCUCAGACCCGGCCUGGACUUGAACCGGCGGGACUAAACAGACAUUGAUGGUUAAUGUUUGUUUGUGUUUCUGUUGCCAUGGACACGCCGUGUGUUCACAAGGACCUUAUUUUAAAUUUUUAGAUGACAUGUUUCUCUGUAGGUUUCUCAUCAUUGUGCCUCUUUUACUUUCUGGUUCCUUCUGGUCCUGAAGGUGUCGGACCAGCACCAGACUGUAGACCGGAUCUGUCUGUACGUCUCUGUGUGUCGGCGAGCGCUGUGGAAGAGAAAGAAAUUCUAUUAAAUCAUUUAUUUAU